CAAAUCACGCACAAAGCAUAUAAUGCGGAGAGGCUGAAAAUGCUUCUAUUUAUAACAUCGUCAACUCAUAACAAAAUAAAGUGAUAUUGACCGCCAAAACAAGUACUUUUGGUUAGAAUGUCAAGAGUGGUUGCAAUUGGAGUAGGCCAGUAUUGGAAAUUCAAAUCAUAAUGACUUCGCCCGAAAUGAUGACACAAUUUGUUGGUAACUUGGCUUGUCCGAUUGAAUUUGGUAAUUCAAUAGUGAUAGCAGGAAAAACGAUCGAUGGAGCUCAACGGACACAAAUCAAUUUGCGUGCAAAUAAAGAGGCUAUCUCCAAUAUCGGUUUACAUCUCUCAAUCCGUUUCGACGAAGAAAUAAUUGUUCGUAACACAUUAAUAAAUAAUGAAUGGGGAGAGGAGGAACGCAGUGAACAUUUAUAUGAAUCGACUUCUCCAAAUCCGCUAGUGCCUGGUGACUUUUUCAUAGUGCAUAUUUUCGCUAGCGAUGAAAAAUUUCAUAUAUCAGUAAAUCACCGACCGUUUUGUACAUUCAAAUAUCGUUUAUCAAUCGAACAACUGAUCACCGUCGAAGUGAGGGAUCAUUUACAGGCAGUUACACAGAUUGAUCAUCGAACAGCAUUCCCAAGCCCAUGGCCACCACUGCAAUAUUCAGAUCCUCACACAGUUUUCAGCAAUGAUUCGCCGAUUCUGUUCACGCCGGGUCACGUGAUUGUGAUUACAGCUCUACCAUAUCAUGAUGAGAAUGGGCGGUUCUUCGUUUUGUUUAUGGAUGGCGAUUCGAAGCGAGAAGCUCUACAUUUCAAUGUACGAUUCAACCCUCAAAACGUUGUUGUGAGAAACGCAAUGAAGGACAAUUAUGAAUUUGGACCUGAAGAACGUGACGGAGGCUUUCCAUUCCGCUUUAAUCAACAAUUUCGAUUAGCAAUUGCAUUCACAAAAAAUGCAUUCCUAUUUGCAGUAGAUGGUCGACGAUUUUGUACUUUCGCUUAUCGGAAAAGCCGUUUAUUGGAUACUUUAACAGGAUUCAUAAUUAAAACAAACAAUGGCAUGCGUAUGCAGGUAACUUCAGUGGAUCAUCUAACCUCAAACGAUAUGGACUGCUCUGAGUUUGAAAAAUAUUCGAAUCCCAGAUUUGUUAUAAUGUAAAGUUGGAAUAUUUAAGACAUUUCUUAAAAAUAUUGCAUUAACUUAAUUAUAGGUUGUUAAAGAUUCACACUGUACCUAUUUUAAAUUGAAUGUUAGUAAAUUUUGUUUCUGUUAAUUGUUAA